AUGAAUAUAUUGGACGUAAAUGAGAAAGUGCUUGUAGAUAACAGCAUAAUAAAUUAUCAAUAUCAUACUCACCAACCGUACACUACGAGAUUUGGAAAUAAUGACGAAAUUAGAAUUCCAAUACAAGAAGAUAUGUGCACUCUUCCUUCGGAAAGUCAUCUCUACAUUGAGGGAAAAUUACUGCGAGAAGAUGGAACGGCGUCACUUACCGCAAGAUUUGUAAAUAACGGUGUAGCAUUCUUGUUUAGUGAAAUUCGUUAUGAAAUAAACGGGAUUGUAGUGGAUUCCCUUACUAAAGCCGGAUUAUCAUCGACAAUGAAGGCUCUAGUUUCUUUAACCCCUAACGACAAUACGCGAUGUCAAAUUUCCGGAUGGUUUCCUACUGCUAAUAGUACGGUUACCAGUCCAACGGGCCAUUUUAACGUUUGUAUUCCAUUAAAGAUGCUCUUGGGCUUUGCGGAAGACUACAGAAAAGUCAUAUUAAAUAUACGACAAGAACUUGUUCUAAUCCGAGGUAAUACAGAUAAUGACGCCGUAAUAUCUACAGCUGCCGAUGAAGCUCUCAAAGUUGACAUCGAGAAGAUCUAUUGGAAAGUACCUCACAUUAUUCCGGCGCUGGCCGAAGAAUUAGCUUUGACCAAAUACAUUGACAAGAAAUCGGAGACGCAGAUAGCGUUUAGAAGUUGGGAAACGCACCUAUACCCAGCUCUUCCACAAACUGAUAAACAUACGUGGGCGAUAAAGACAGCAACUAGUUUAGAAACGCCCCGAUAUAUUAUCGUAGGUUUACAAACAGAUCGGGAUGGACAAGUUAGUAAAGAUAUGAGCAAAUUUGAUCACUGCGAUAUUAAAAAUAUUCGAGUCUUUCUCAAUACAGAACGUUAUCCUUACGAUAAUUUAAAUAUUAAUUUCGGCAAUAAUCGAUACGCAACUUUAUACGACAUGUACGCGAAGUUUCAAUCUUCUUACUACGGCACAGAGAAUCGACCAUUACUUACACCGAAGCAAUUUAAAGAUUCGGCUCCUUUAAUCGUAAUUGAUUGUUCAAACCAAAAGGAGGGUUUAAACUCGAAAUCGGUGGUAUUACGAAUUGAAUUUGAAACUAAUGCGAACGUAGCGAAUAAUACUACAGCGUACUGCUUGAUUUUACACGAUCGGCUGUUUACGUACAACGCAUUAACGAAAGCCGUAAGACAAAUAUAA